UGCGUCACGUGCCUAGCGUGGGCCAAUCACAUGUUCAUGUGACGUAAAGGGACGUUUUUUUUUUUUGUUUCUUAAAUUUGACGGCUGACAAGUCGUCUCUGCAAAGGUCAUAAUCGGAACCUCAGAAGUCAAAUGCUGGCCUCGGUGAUUACCAGAAGACUGGUGACAGGUAUGUGCCAGACAGCACGGAUACCUGUGAUCGCUGGGCUGGUAACGACCCGUUGUUACCGUGGCGAUGCACCUGAUGAUGCCAGAACUGACCUGAUUGAGAUCCCCUUGCCCCCUUGGGAGGAAAAGCCCGGAGAGCCCAUUGACAUCAAGAGACGGCGCCUGCUCUACGAGAGUCGUAAAAGGGGCAUGUUGGAGAACUGCAUUUUGCUCAGCCUUUUUGCCAAGCGAUACUUGAAUACAAUGAGUGAGACCCAGCUGCAGCAGUAUGACAGACUAAUCAACGAACCAAGCAAUGACUGGGACAUCUACUACUGGGCAACAGAGGCACAGCCCACCCCAGACGUUUACCAAGGAGAGAUCAUGGAUAUGCUAAAGGAGUUCACAAAGAAUCGCAAUCAGGAACAGAGGUUGGAUGCACCUAGCUUGGAAUACUUGGAAAAGGAAGGCUAACAAGGAUCCCCCCCCCCAACAGAUUAUUUUUCAAUUAGGUACUAAUUCCUCCCACAUCCCAAAAACAUGCAUGUUAGGUUAAUCGAAGACUCGAAAUUGCCCGUAGGUGUGAAUGUGAGUGCGAAUGGUUGUUUGUGUCAAUGUGCCCUGCGAUUGGCUGGCAACCGGUGCAGGGUGUACCCCGCCCCCUGCCCGACGAUAGCUGGGAUAGACUCCAGCACUCCCGCGACCCUUGUGAGGAUAAGCGGCUCAGAAAAUCGAUGGAUGGAAGGACCUACUAUGGAAGCCCUCUGGCUGAACUACUAUACUUGAUCAAAGCAGUUGGGCUGCAAUACAUUGAAGACAUUUUAUUCUUGUUAUAUCCACUUGUGCCUUGCUAUCUGAGGCUUAAAAUUGGAGGCCUGAAAAAUGAUUAGAACGUGAGAGAUAGCAUGGACGAAUAUAAACUGCAGUACAAUAUUCAUGUUGCAUAAAAUAUACUGUAAAUCAUUUGUUUUUAUGCUGUCAUUAUGAUGUGUCAACCACAAGCAUUUGAUUUAAUAAAUGUACUGAAGAACUGAA